UAAAUUCAGUUCGAAUUUAUUCUUCUUGUUUGGCAAAGAAACAAUGUCUCCCCGGAACGAUAGCACUCGUAAGCAUCGUAAAUCUCGUUCAAUCAAGGAUGAUCAACACUAUCCGCCAGUGUCUUUUGUUGGAGUAGAGUCUGUUGGUAUUAUCGAGUGUCCAGGGAGCAAUCACUUAUCGCUGGCUUCAAUUCCAACAACCGAAUUCAAAAUCCCGGAUGAACUUGCACUUUGGGUGCGUGGUCGCAUCGACAAUGUCGCUCCGAAACAUCCGUGCGAUCGUCGUGGUCAACAACCAUUGGCGAAGAAGGAGAUUUCGAUGAAUUCGUCUCGUUCCAACAGCUCCUUUCCAGCUAGAAGUCCAGCUAUCAUGACAUUGAUGGGUGGAGUUCCAGAGGCAGAAAAAGAGUACAAUGUUGGAAAGGAUGGACUUCUCAAAGUUUCAAAAAUGAUGGAAGGUGGAAAAAGAUACGAAGUCUCCGCCAACGACCGCUUCACUGUCUUCCAACAAUCAGCUGGCCAAACUUGCCUCUUCACAUUCAAAGCUUAGAAGUCAAAAUCGAAUAUAAUCGGAAAAUUGAUGAUAGUUUCGUUUUCUCAAUAAAUGUUUCAUUGAAAGUCAAAAA